AGCCGCCAUUUUGAUUUUGUCUCCGUACAUCUUCGGACCUGAGCGACCCGGGACCACAUCUCUCGUGUUUCAAAACUUUUAAAAAUAUCGUUUUUCUUAAAAAGCAACUGGUAAUUAACAUCAUACAUCGUGUUUAUAUGCUUACUAUUGUUAUUUGGAAAACGUUGAAGCGGGAGAGUACAUUCUCCGGUAAUUACGACAUAAAGAGCCAUCUUAGCAUUUUAGCUCAGGCGAAGGUCUCGGCCUGUGUUAUGUAGCAUGUGCUAAAAUAAGUUCUGUCGUACAAACCCGUGAGAAGUAUUAAGAAUAGUUCGUUAUCCGUGCUUCUAGUUCUUUGCUAAUAUUAAAGGGUCGUGAUCAGUACAUACACUUAUGUGAUAGUCAAAUUUCCAUCACUACCGGGGGAUCGCUCGUAGCUUGUUCCAGCUAGCUUUAAGCUAUUGUACACACUUUAGAGUAAGUAUGUCAUCGAUUUCUUCACUUUGUCUGUUUGUAAACUUUGGUUGUUUUCACCAAAGUGAGGCGGCUGUGACCCAGCUGGCCUCGCCAUGUACCCAAGUGCAACUGGGCAAGGUACUGAACCAAAUGUUCCCUUCCUGAUGCUAAUCCGGUGUGAGUAAAAAUGUUGCUUUGAGAGGCAGAACGAGAAAGGCGCGAUGUAAACCCGGAGAGUUUUCACGGGAAGAACACCUUGAGCUCUUCCAACAUAAUGAACAUCUGCAGGCUGGAGUUCGUUCAGACCUGGUUUGGUUUGGUCAGUUUUAGACAACUGAUCUGUAUCGUGGUGAUCAGAACCACAGUUAGUGGGGAAAAAAGGAGUAGCUUUUUCUAUUGUCCUUCGUAUCUGUUUUUUUUAUCAAUAUCCUUAGCUCUCUUGAGAAAUAAACUGAUACAUUAGUACAAAACGGUUUGAGGGGCAACAUAAUGGGAAAGGCUUCUAAUUAGUGAAGAUGUGAACCACAAGGCCAAACCUGUUCAGGCUGAUCUACAGCGUAAAAUGGAGGCUCAUAAGCAGCAAAUCCUACACAAAAAAAAAACAUUCAACAGAGCUGCAGCUUGUUUUUAGCAUCUGUACUUUGGUUUUUGUCAAAUACUGCUAUACCCUAGAGUCAAUAUCAAAGAGUGUAUUUCUGCUAUAAAUGUACCCUUUAUGUUGAAAUGUUCCAGCUGUUUGUGCUGUUUCUCUCUCUCUCUUUCUCUCAUAUUAACCCACUUUCAGUUUGUUGCGAAGUGUUUUUGAUUGAUUUGUAGGUUUAGAGCCAGCCGUCUCGACCCUCUCUGGGGAGCUCUGGAUGUGGAUAGUUUGUACCCAUCACAAUCCGUAGGCAGAAGACUCCAUUUCAGCGUUGUUAAGCAACAGCUGAAAAUCACUAGGAGCCCAGAUUUCGCUCCCAUUUUUUUAUAUCUAUAUUGCCACACCGACAACAAAAUGCCCCCAGGCAGAAGAAGACCCUGAAGAUUUUUUUUUUUUUUUUUUUUUUGGCUACACUUCAACCCAACUUUUGCGACUUGAGUUUAAAGGUUUUUUUGUCCUUUCCAUUCGUCUGGCUGAUUAAUUCCCCCUAUAUAUUUCCUCGAUUAGUCACUUCAUUUAUUCUAAUUCCCCUACCCCCCAAAAAGAAAAGAAAAGAAAAAAAAAAGGACUUUUGCACCCUCUGUGGGUCCUGUUUAGCAGUCUGGCUGAGAUACAGAUGUCUCACAUCGCUUGAGACCAGGGAUCACAUAGGAAGACGAGUUUUUCUGGACGACCUACCCCACUUUUCCUCUUAUCUCAUGGAUCAAGUGUUCCUUCAGGACUCCAUAUAAUUCCGGAGACACCGUACCAGCAGUGCACUCAAGAGGAAGGCACCAGCACAGGCACCUCAGGGAGAGUCUCGAUCGUUUCAGAAGGGAACCAGCUGCUGGGUCACUGCCGCCUCUUAAGCCUCGUCACGUAUUACUAUGACCAACCAUGGAGACGACUGCUACUUCUUCUACUACUCCACCUGCACUAAAGGUGACAGCUGUCCAUUCCGACACUGUGAGGCUGCCAUGGGCAACGAGACUGUCUGCAACCUGUGGCAGGAAGGACGCUGCUUCCGUACCGUCUGCAAGUUUCGCCACAUGGAGAUCACAAAAAACAGGAAGGAAAUUCCCUGUUACUGGGAGAACCAGCCUGCUGGCUGCCAGAAACCACACUGUGCCUUCUUCCAUGAGAGGCCCCGCUAUAUAGAGGGCGUCUUUGUCCAUCCUGAUAAAGUUCUGACCAAAAUCGAGGAGCCGCCGCAUGAGGAGCCGGCGCCACCGCCAGCUGCCGCUCCGCCCAAUGCAGCCAACCCUCAGCUCAGAGGGGUCAUCAAGACGGACACACAGGAACCGGUACCAAGCCCCACACAUCCACCCGUGGUGAUAAAUCCAGCAGAUGAUGACGAGGAUGAAGAAGACCAGUUCUCGGAGGAGGGAGAGGAUGGCAAGGUCGGUCCUUCACCUAGGAAGAUGGCUAAAUCAGGAGAGUCGCUGAACUUUGGCGUGAGCACCUUGGAGGAGAUCCGGCUCAGGAAGGCCCUGAAGUCCAGCAUGAGGAGGGCAGGUUACCCGCUCCAGAGCGCCAACACCUCCACCAACGGAGAGACGGAGAACUGCCUGGCAUCGCACCGGCCCGCCCACUCACAAUUUGGAGACGCUGUUUGUGAAGAGCCUGAGCGACCCAGAGGCAGCGUGGCUGAACGGCUCGGGCGAAGGGUGCCCCCUGCAGAUUUUCAGAGUGGGGGUCAGAUUACAAUAAAGAAGAGUCUGGCUGAGCGUUUGGGCAGAAUUGUUGAUGAAGACCAGCCGCCGGUCAACACUCAGAAAGCCUUUAAGCCGAUCAAAGAAAGACUUGGGCUGGUUCCUCCAAUCAGAGGUGCUCAUGCAGCUGAAGCCCACCCAGUGUCUACCAAAGCUCCCGAUCGGAUCCGCAUCAAAACUCUAGACGAGAUCAGACAGGCCAAAGCGGCCAAGGCUGGCAGCCAGAAGGAUGCUCCUGCAGCUGACGCAGCGGAAACCACCAAAGCAGAUCUGGUCAGGGCCGCCAAGGCGACCAAGAGAUCCAUCACUCUAACAGACGCCCCCAUCGGCCACGUUAAAACCUUCUCUGAGGUCAUUCGAGAGAAGAAGAUGAAGCAGGAGGAAGAACAGAACCAGAACCCUAACCUGAUGAAGGCAGAGCACCCGGAGGAGAAGGCUCCAGCCAAGGGCCCGGGGCCGACGGACGCCGCUGACGUGGAGAAGGUGAGGGUAAAGACCCUGGAGGAGAUCCGCAGGGAGAAGGCAGCCAGGGUCCAGGCCCAGCAGACCACCGACAGCCCCGACUCCGAGCACAGCGCCCCAAAGAGGCCACAUCUGCUGCGGGCCAAGAAGCCCCCAACCCAACAAAGCAACAUGGCAGCUGAAAGGAGCGCUGAAGCAGCAGAGAGGCCAGCGAAAGCUGCAGCAGCUCCUGCUCAGGCCUCCGCCAUCAAGGUGAAGACGUUUGAGGAGAUCAUGCAGGAGAAACGCCUCCGCAGACAGGAGCAGGAGGGGCAGGCCAAAAGCCCCGCCGAGGCCGAUUCGUCUCAGAAGCAGAGCGCCAGCAGCGCCCUCAAGAAGAAGACCCCUGCCACGACCCAUCAGGCCCCGGCGGCAGAGCCACCGCCGCCUUCUAAAGUCUCAUUUCGGAAACUCGUCUCCCUAAAACCGCGAGCACCAUCGCCUCCGAAGAGGACGGCUUCUCCUGGUCCCGAAACCGCUGCCAUGGCAGCGCCGCUCUCAGCCUCACCAAAGCAGAGCUCCACAGACUUCCUGGACAAAACAUCGAGAGGCACAGUCUCUCAGCCGUCUGCACAGACGACGAGGGAGUCAAGUCAGCCUGCAGAACUCCCGGCAGACUCUAAUCAGACCAAAACCUUGGAGCAUCCAGGCAGCUGCAAAGUGAGGCCUAAGCUGAAUGUGAAGCCAUCAGUGGUGAAGCCUGCAGGGCAGGUGAAGCCGCCUCCGAAGAAGAGAGGAGUGGACGGUUCCGCUGUUGCAGCUGUGAAACCCAUGAACAGCUCCACCACUGCUCAGCAGUCUUCAAGCAAAGAGGUCCAGCUGACGUCUGCUGUGCCGCCCACCCCCAGCACCCAGAGGGAUGAGCUUCAGACAGUUCCUGUCUUCAACCAGAUUCAGGGUCAAGACCUCAAGGCAGGCGCCAGUGGAGAUGCAGUCAGAGACACCUGGCCGGUCCCACAAAGUCCCGUCCUCAGAAGUCCCACCCAGUCCAGGGCACGCAGAUCCAGUGCGACGGCAUCCCGCCCCGCCUCCACCUCCAACCUUGACGCCUCCGGCUCCACGGUGGACGACUUCGAGGAUCUGAUCAACCAGUUCACUGACGAUCACCUGGAGGGUGACAUGGAUCCGGCCAUCGGGGAGGACGACCUGCUGCAGGAGCUGUCAGAAAUGAUCGACAGCUGAGAGACAACCGGCGAGUCGGAGAUGCGUUGUAAAGAAUUCAGCUCAUUUCAAGUAUUACCUUCACGUUUGUCACGUUUGAGACGACGUCUCUCGCACGCCAUUCUGUCGGAUGCUCUGCCUUGUGAAAAUCUGUGGGAAUACUCUCAACUUCUUUGCGUCUGACAAGUUCCAGAAGAAAGAAAAGAAAAAGUGUGUUUGUAGGAGCUGCAGUUUGUCAGGAAUUGAUGGAGGAAAGCAAUGUUUUAGCCGGUGAGCCUUAUCUGUAUACUGUGUAUGCAGGCUGGAUAUAGAACUAAUGAACAUAGGGGCAGUUCUCCUGGUAUCUGUGUUUUUCUGUUGUGUAUGUCUCUGUGGAUUCCUCCACUUCCUGUAUUAUGAGUUACACAUCUGCCCAGGUUCCCUGUGAUCAGAGUUAGCAUGCCAGUGGAAUCCCUCCUGCCGUUUGUCACGGGUGGAUUUGAUCAUGUUGGACUGAGACGUCUCGUCCUGAACACUUAGAAAAACCCGAUCCUCGCUGAGAUCCUCAGCACUCUGUAUACUUUAAUAAUGAAUACCUCAGGGAGUCUUUGUGGUGUUUCUAUGUUCUGUAGAAGAAAGCAUUUCUAUUUCUUUUUGUCCUCUGUUUUUUUGUUUUUUUUAAUGUUGAUGAAUUCUGGUAGAUAUACUGGUUUUACGAUCCUUCUGUGUGAUUGCUCCUCCAUGACGCUUUGUCAUGAUCUUAAAAUCAUCCAUGUAAAUAAAAAAUACUUUUAAUGACAAGUUGGA